AUACCAAUCCACAAUUUCUGUCGCAAUCCAUUGCGGUGUUUUGUAAUCGACAAAAAUAUCAAAAUGGCACUUAAAUUAGAUUUAAAAGCACUGUCACACGCCAUAAUUCGUAACAGCAACAUUUGGCGUAGAUUGAGCACGACAUCGAUUUUGCGACAAAACAACAAUGAUAACAGCGGCAAAGCGAGUGCGGGACCUGAUGUUUCCACCGUCAACAUGCCAUCCAAAGAGAUUGUGACUCCGUUUCCGCCGCUUACGGAUCCCGUUCCUGAUUUGCCUCCCGUGCAAUAUGCCUCGAACACUGGUGACCAAAAUCAAACACGAGUCACCACAUUGUCGAAUGGCCUGAAAGUUGCGUCGGAAAAGAAAUUUGGGCAAUUUUGUACGAUCGGUGUCGUGAUUGAGUCGGGACCGCGGUAUGAAGUCGCUUAUCCGAGUGGCGUUUCGCAUUUUUUGGAGAAAUUGGCGUUUCAUUCAACGCAAGGUUUCCCCGAAAAAGAUGUCAUUUUGAAGGAACUCGAGAAGCACGGAGGCAUUUGUGAUUGUCAAAGUUCCCGCGAUACCUUCAUUUACGCUGCCAGUGCGGAUAGUCGGGGCUUGGAUACUGUCACAAAAGUCAUGGCUGAUGUCGUUUUACGCCCACAGCUUCAAGCGGAAGAGAUCGAUUACGCGCGCCAAUCAAUUUUAUUCGAACUGGAAUCCUUAAAUAUGCGUCCCGAGCAGGAACCGAUCUUGAUGGAUAUGAUUCAUGCCGCUGCUUUUCGUGAUAACACGCUUGGUUUGCCGAAAUUGUGUCCGGAGAGUAAUUCCACUAAGAUUGACCGGAACAUGUUGUUGUCGUACUUGAAGCAUCAUCACACACCAAAUCGCAUGGUAGUUGCCGGUGUCGGCGUGGAUCACGAUGAAUUCGUAAAAGUUGUGGAAAAGUACUUUGUGGACCAGAAAGCGACAUGGGAGACGGAAACUGUGGUAAAUCGCGGGGCAAGCCUUGUUGACGGAAGUUUGGCUCAAUAUACGGGCGGUUUGAAAGUCGAAGAAUGCGAAAUUCCCGUUUAUGCUGCCGUUGGUUUGCCAGAGCUGUCACACAUUGUAAUCGGAUUGGAGGGAUGUUCGCAUCAGGAUAAAGAUUUUGUGGCGGCGUGCGUUUUGAACAUCAUGAUGGGUGGCGGUGGAUCAUUUUCUGCCGGAGGUCCCGGAAAGGGAAUGUACACACGACUUUACACAAAUGUUCUUAAUCGCUACCAUUGGAUGUACUCGGCAACUGCUUAUAAUCACGCUUAUGGCGAUACGGGACUUUUUUGCAUUCACGCUUCUGCUCCUCCAACGCACGUUCGCAACAUGGUCGAAGUCAUUACCAAAGAACUAGUCACGAUGGCAACGCAACCCGGCACACAAGAGUUGAGACGCGCCAAAACGCAACUCCAGUCGAUGCUUCUGAUGAAUUUGGAAAGUCGUCCCGUGGUUUUCGAAGACAUUGGGCGUCAAGUUUUGUCGACGGGCGAACGAAAACGACCGGAAUACUUUAUACAGGAAAUCGAAAAGAUUCAGGCGGAAGAUAUUAUUCGAGUAGCACGUCGAUUACUUGCAUCGCCGCCAGCUUUGGCAGCUCGGGGACAAAUUAAGGGACUGCCGGAAAUUAAAGACCUGCAAGCUGGCUUGUUGGAUAAUGAGGGACGUUUGCCAGGCAAUAAGAGAUUGUCGCUUUUCAGGUAAAUUUGAAGAGAUUCUCCCGACGAAAGUUCACUUAUUAUAUGAUGAUUUUAGUUGAUAAGCAAAAUUUAUGAAGAAUUGUUGAGAAAAUGAGAAAAAAUAAUAAAUAUUGUAACUUUGGCAUGACUUUUUUUCAAAUAGAAAUAGAAAAAUUAAAUUUUUUUGAAAUUA